AUGGCUGCCUCGAGCCGUCGAAAACCCCCCACGACGGGCUCCAGUCCACACAAUAACAACGACAAUAAUGACAAUGGCGAAUCAGCUUCUGAGUUUCCUACAAAUGCUGAAGACCGUGCCGCAGCUGCUGCGCUUUCUUCUCUCAAUACCGCCAACGAAACCUCUGCCUCCGAACAGGACAGGGGCGUUCCCAGCGGUGCGGUGCUACCCUCCGCAGCUGAUCAAGAGGCACUGGGCAAAGCGAUGAGCAGAUUGGAAAUGAUUGCCGGCGUGGAUAAAGCUGGGGGUUCAAGUGCAGGUUGGGUUGCAGGGACUGGGAAGAAAGAUAUGAAUGCGAAAAAAGAUAAGGCUGAUGGGAAGAUGGAUGGGGGCGAGGGGGAGAAGGUGGUGAAGAAGAAGGUGGUAAAGGUUGCGGCGGAGGAUGUUGGACUUUUGGUGGAUCAGCUUGAUCUGACGAAGGUAAAGGCUACGGAACUCUUAAAGGCACAUGAGGGGGACCCAAUCAAAGCUAUUCGCGCAUACAUCGCGCCUCUCCAAGCAUGA